UUCCCUUGUUAGUCUAAACUUCUCUCUUCUCUCUCUAUAACAACAAUGGCAAAAGAAGCAGAAACAACCAAGUUUUCUGUUUUCAUGUCUGAAGGAGAAGAAGAGUCGAAGAAAGAAAUAUUGGAAAUUGUAGAAGGAGAAGAAUCUGGGAAGGAAAUGAUGACAACCAUAGAUGAAAAAGAACUAGCAACCAAAAUAUUGCAAAUUCCAGAAGGAGAAAAAUUGAAAAAUGUUAUGCUCGAAGAGGGAGAAGAAUUGAAGAUUGAAAUGCUGAAAAUUGUGGAGGGAGAAGAAAUCAAGAAGGUUAUUCUAAAAUCUUCAGAUGGAGUCACCUUUGAGGUGGAACCUUCAAUAGUGAAGGAGAUGCAGACAAUACAAUCUUUAAUCAAUGCUGAAGGCACUGAUGCCUCCAUUACUAUUCCACUCCCCAACGUCACUAGUCGCAACCUCAAUCGAAUCAUUGAGUAUUGUUCGGAGCACUACCGUAAAACUGUGAACCUCAAGGAAUUCGAUGAGCGGUUCUUGAAGGCAUUGAGCCAUGACGAGUUGAAGGAAUUGCUCCUUGCUGCAAACUACCUCAACAUAAAGGCUCUAUCUGAUUUCUUGUGCAAAAGCAUUGCUGAUCUCAUCCAAAACAAGAACCCAGAGUUCAUAAGGAAAUUCUUCAACAUCGUCAAUGAUUUCACACCCGAGGAAGAAACCCAAAUCCGUGAAGCAAAUGCUUGGGCCUUUGAAGGCAUGGACGAUGAUUAAAUUGCAAGAAAGUCAUGUCAAAUUGCAUCAAGAGGAACAUCAAAAUGAUGAUGAUGCUGAUAUUGAGGGUUAGGUCUUAGCGUAUUUAUGGAUAAAGCUUUGAUAAGAGGUGGCAUCAAAGUUCAUAGCUUAGGAUUUGAUAUGUUGUUUACUUGGCUUAUUUCAUUUUGCUUAGAAAAGAUAUUAGUCCUUGGAUUCGUCUAUUAUUUUUAGACGACCACUUGGGUCAAGUCAUUAUUUUAGAGAUAUUUAUGUUUUGAAUUUGUUAUGU